UAUGGAUUAACCAAGACACGUUUUCAAAAGAGUAAAAGAACGAUCUAUAAUGGAUGCAAAACAUAGUGUUGAUGAAUGGAGAAAUUUAUUCAGGAAUGGGGAAACAGAUCAAAAUGGAAAAAAGAUUAAGUACAGUCUCAAAUAAGCUGCAGAAAAAGUUGGAGUACCAAAAAAGACUUUAGAAGAUUAUCAUUAGUUAUUAAAGUAAUAAAAAAUAGUAUCUUUAAGAAAGGCUGAAUAGUUGAUAGAUUUGAACUAAGUUGGAGAUAAAAAGAUGGGAUUUCUGAGAAAUCUAUUAAAAAAUCAAUAACAAUAACAAAUUUAGUCAGAGAUUUUUUCAGAUGAAGAGAAUUAUAUCAAAAAUGAAUAAGAAGAGAAUGAGGGAAUGUAACAAGAAGAAUAAUAAUAAUUUAAUUAUGAAGAUAUGAUUGUGGAUGGAGAUAUAUAUAAUUAUAAUGUUGAUGAAUAGUUUGAAUAUUUCUAAUUGGAUGUUUAAACAGUAAUGAUUCAUCAAUAACUAAAUUAUGAUAAGAAAAUAGAAAUUCCAGACUAUGAUUGUGAUGAUUGUGAAACAGAUGAUGAGUUUUAUAAUGAAUGAAU